AUGUCCAUUGAAGAGGAAGAGGAGCCGUGCGGAGUGCGCACACGAGCUUCUAACACUGUACCUCCACACACAUCACCCGAAAAUUUCUACCUCACUUUCAAGACUCAUUUUAGGUCCUCAGACAGCAUUUACAAAAUCUCACCGAAAAUGGCACCCAAACUCUCAGAAGAGGAGAUUGAUGAUCUCAUCUACUUUUCAAGGGCCGGCGAGCUCGCUGAUCUCAAAGAAAGCCUCAAGUCCCUGUCGGAGCGCGAAGGCGCUACCGUAGGCGAGAUCAUUACCGCCGCCAAGGAUGAGGGCAAAUCAACCUGCCUGCACAUGGCUGCCGGUAAUGGUCACCUCGAUAUCGUGAAGGCCCUCGUCACAGCCUUUGACAGCCGUCCUGCAGAGGAGAAGAAGGCGUAUGUCGACGCCGGCAACGAGUUUGGCAACACAGGUCUGCACUGGGCGUGCUUGGGCGGCCACCUUGAGGCAGUCAAGUACCUCGUCAGCCAUGGCGCUUCCCCUGCGGUGGCCAACGACAAGGAUCAAAUUCCUCUCGAUUCGGCGCUUUUCAACGACAAGCGAGAGGUCGCGGACUGGUUCUUGGCGCAAUCUGAGAAAAUGGAGGGCGGAAACCAGGAGGAAGGGCUGAGCGGUGCUGCGUCUGGCAUUGAGAUUGAGGAUGAUGGUGCCGUUGAGGAAGACAAGGGCAAGGAUAAGGCUGGCGAGAGCAGCAAGAGUUCAUAG